AUGGCUGGGGCAUUCAAAAAGUGUAUGAUGCUCUGUUGUACCAGCAAAAUUGUCUCGAAGGAAGACAUGGCUGCAGAAUCGUACGACGAAACCAUCGCAUCGCUGACCAAGCUUCUCCAGGAGAAAGCUGAGCUAAGUAGCAUCGCGGCCGUUAAGAUCAGAGAGCUCACGGCGGAGUUGGAGGCCACCGCUGCCAAACCGUUUAACCCGGAUGAGAGGAUCCGAUCCGGCUUUGUCCAAUUCAAAACAGAAAAAUUCGAGAAAAAUCCUGAUCUGUACGGUGAACUUGCCAAAGGCCAGAGCCCAAAGUUUAUGGUGUUUGCUUGCUCAGAUUCAAGAGUUUGCCCUUCCCACAUUUUGGAUUUCCAACCAGGGGAAGCUUUUGUGGUCAGAAACAUCGCCAACAUGGUUCCACCAUUUGAUAAGACCAAGUAUUCGGGAGCAGGGGCGGCCAUUGAAUAUGCUGUACUACAUUUAAAGGUGGAGAAUAUUGUAGUAAUUGGACACAGCUGCUGUGGAGGUAUAAAGGGUCUCAUGUCUAUCCCAGAUGAUGGGACCACCGCAAGUGACUUCAUAGAAAAUUGGGUCCAAAUCUGUAAUCCAGCAAAGUCCAAGGUUAAAACAGACAGCAGCUUAAGCUUCUCCGAGCAGUGUACAAACUGUGAAAAGGAAGCUGUGAAUGUAUCAAUUGGGAACUUAUUGACUUAUCCAUUUGUAAGAGAAGCUGUUGUGAAGAAAACACUUGCUUUGAAAGGAGCACAUUACAAUUUUCUGAAUGGCACUUUUGAGCUCUGGGAUUUGAACUUCAACGUUUUGCCCUCUGUGACUGUUUAA